AUGAACACCAGCACCAUCAAGAGCCACUUCCUCACACACCCCGAGGAUCUCGGCAUCGUCACCGUAGGCUUCUCCGGUGGCCAGCAAAAAGCUGGCGUCGAUGCAGGCCCUACCGCCCUCAUCGAGUCCGGCCUCUUGACCCAGAUCCGAGAGGAGCUUGGCUACAAGGUGCACGGCGACGAGACGGUCAAGUUCUACAAGGACCUGACGCCCGCCUCCGACCCUGACUACCGCGGCAUGAAGAACCCUCGCCUUGUUUCGGCCGUCAACCGAAAGAUUGCGUCCGAGACAUACGAGCACUCUUCCAAGGGCCGCCUCACGCUGACCCUCGGCGGCGACCACAGCAUUGCCAUUGGCACCAUUGCCGGCACCGCUAAGGCCACGCGCGAGCGUCUGAACCGCGAGAUUGCGGUCAUCUGGGUUGAUGCGCACGCCGAUAUCAACACCCCCGAGACCAGCGACAGCGGCAACAUCCACGGCAUGCCUGUUGCUUUCCUCACGGGCAUUGCCAAGGAGGACAAGGAGGAGUGCUUUGGCUGGAUUGAGGAGGACAUGCGCCUGAGCGUUAAGAAGCUGGUGUACAUUGGUCUGCGCGACGUGGACGCUGGCGAGAAGCGCAUCCUGAGAGAGAACGGCAUCAAGGCCUUUAGCAUGUUUGACAUUGACCAUCACGGAAUUGGUCGCGUCAUGGAGAUGGCCCUUGCCCACAUCGGCAACGACACUCCCAUCCACCUGUCUUUCGACGUGGAUGCCCUCGACCCCAUGUGGGCUCCCAGCACCGGCACUCCCGUCCGAGGCGGCCUUACCCUGCGUGAGGGCGACUACAUCUGCGAGUCCGUCCACGCAACUGGCAACCUGAUUGCCAUUGACUUGGUCGAGGUGAACCCCAGCCUUGCUGCUACUGAGGCCGGAGCGCAGGAGACUGUUAGAGCCGGCAGCUCUCUGGUGCGCUGCGCCCUUGGUGAGACUCUGCUGUAA